UUGUUUAUUAUUUUAAGGGAAAUAUCACAUUUAUAAAUGUCGCUGGUCAAAAAGUACACCUAGUUUUGUACAAUUUAAGUUUGAGCUUUGUCAGUAUCUUAAAGCAUUGGAGGGUGUGAGGAACACCAAAGGAAAAAAGACUAUAGAUUGUUGUAAAGCCUUGAAAUAUUAUCCUUUUUAAGGUUUUAUUUUAUUUAUUUUGCAAUUAGAGAUAUGGAUUUGAUUUCAAUAUCCCCAUGUUUAUAGUUCUUAAUUAUUGAAUUAUUUUGUUGUUUAUUUUAUUUAUUUGUAUUGUUAUUUUUACUGAUUUUCUUGCAAUUAUUGUUAUUGUUAUUUUGUAUUUGAUUAUUGUGUGAUUUGUUACUAAAUAAAGCAUUAAAAAACAAACAAACAAAAAACAAAAAACAAAUAGCGUGUUACGACAGUAAGUCACCGUUAGCGGAUACCACACAAAGAAUGGGGAGAGCCGUAAACUGACACCUACCUUUCGCAAAAUCGUCCGUGACUUCUCUUACAAAACACCAAUUUAUCGUAGUAAACUCCACACAUAGUUCAUUCCAAAAAGAUUGUUUAGUGUAAAACAUGUUAAAGAUUAGCGAAUUUCCUCACAAAAGCAGUUUAUUCAGAACACUGAAGCAUUUCCUCCAUAAAUAUUCAUUCAAAAAGAACGGCCUCUUGUCUCAUCGGCAGUGUACUGCUCAUACAAUAUGUAGGGGAGCUCUGCGUUAUUCUAUAUUUUAGGCUAAGCUUGUAGACUCAAUAGAAGGGCUCUAGCAUUCCCAUUCUGGGAGCGUCGCAGUUAUUAUACGUCAGUGAUUGUCACGCGUUAUUUUUUGUCACAUGACACAAGCCGCUUCCUCGUUCUCCUCGGUUCCUCUAGCUGGAUCAGAAUCUUCUGUGCCACCCUCAUCCAUAUCAGAGAUCAUACAGCAGCACACACUCAGACAGCAGAGAUGUUGGCCCUCAUCAACCGGCUGCUGGACUGGUUUCGGUCGCUCUUCUGGAAAGAGGAGAUGGAGUUGACCCUGGUGGGGCUUCAGUACUCUGGAAAAACAACUUUUGUCAACGUCAUUGCUUCUGGUCAGUUCAGUGAAGACAUGAUCCCUACAGUCGGCUUCAACAUGAGGAAAGUUACCAAAGGCAAUGUAACCAUAAAGAUCUGGGAUAUAGGCGGGCAACCACGUUUCAGGAGUAUGUGGGAGAGAUACUGCCGAGGCGUCAAUGCCAUAGUGUAUAUGGUGGAUGCUGCAGAUCGUGAGAAGGUCGAGGCCUCAAGAAACGAGCUACACAACCUGUUAGACAAAUCACAGCUGCAAGGCAUUCCUGUACUUGUCCUUGGCAACAAAAGAGACCUUUUCAGUGCUCUAGAUGAGAAACAACUCAUUGAAAAGAUGAACCUGUCGGCCAUUCAAGACCGAGAGAUCUGUUGCUACUCCAUUUCAUGCAAAGAGAAAGACAAUAUUGAUAUCACAUUGCAGUGGCUGAUCCAGCAUUCAAAAACUCGGAGGAGUUGAGAGUAGACCCAGUUUCAUCCAUCAGUCUAGCCCUGUCCUUGUUCCAGCACCACCCAGCACAGACCAGUGCUCUCCAGACCAGCCCUUCCUGGAUGUAUCAGUGACGCAGUCUCUCUCAACCGCAUCUGCCUGUCAUUUAUUCUAUCUAUUACACACAUAGACUGUUAGUAUAGUAUCAUCACUCACUGCUGGGCCCCAGACUUUCCUCACCAUGAUUUGCUACCAAUCAGCCUGUUUUGUUGGCUGGAUUUCUUUUUUGUACCCCCACAUAAACCUUGACCCUCCUAAAGGCCCCUGCACAUUUCGAAGAACGAACAGGUGUGACAUAAUUCAGAACAAAAUCUGGCCAAAAGGAAGGUGUUUUGGAGUUUGUUGUGGUGAUUCAUAGCUCGCUAAGGUGAACUUUCAGGAAAACAUCCUGAAAAUACCUUACCUCCAUUGGUCCACAUCAUCGUUAGGUGUGACCUGGAGCUCCACCUACUUUGAGGUUGAUAACUAAUUCCUGUUCAGUUAGUUAAGAUCAGAUCAGUCAACAUAAACACUGAUGUGUAGAGUUGUUUGCAAGCUGGUGCAAAUUUACCUACAUCUGUACAAUCGUUCGUGGAGAGACAUUUUCCAAGAACAUGUCAUGCGUUUAUUUUCUUGUUUAAUUUUUUUAAAAAAGGAAUCAAAUCUACUGUAACACUCUUAAGUGCCCGUUCACUCUUUUGUUUGAUAUCCUGCUUCACAAAUGUGCUGUCUGCAGCCGAAAGCCAUUCACACAUCUGCCCAAAGUGAGAGAUGCCUAUAAUCAUUCUUGUGUCUGUAUUCUACCCAUUAACACUCUUUUAUACACCCAUCUUUGCACUAGUGUCAAUGUUAUCAAAAAAAUUAACAAAGUGUAAUCGGUGUAUAUUAUGGCCACAUAUAGCGUGUUAGCGCAAUAGCGUCAUGAAUGCAAAAGGUAAACACUACAAGUUAUACAUUAUCUACUGCAUAUAUCUUACUUUAAAUCAUCAUCGAGUAGUUAAAACAGCUUCUUUUACUGAUCUUGUGUGAAUUCUACUCAUAGAUUAACCAUGAAGUCAUUGAUAACACAUUUGAAUGUCACUAUAGUUAAGGCUUUACAUGUAGUCUUGAGCGAAUGUUCCUCUAAAUUCCUCCCCCAGUAGUGUGGCUGGUGUCUGAAUGUUUGCAAACAGUGUGCUGUUGCUCGGCUGUUUCAAACUUCUUUUUGGCUCUGAGCAAAGAAUGAAGAAGCAAUUCGCCAUGAGUGUUUAGUCAAUUCGAAUUCAAUUUAAUGAAUUCGCCAAUUUGCAAAUUGCCAUUAGAGCUAAACCUUGACCCACCAGAACAUCUCCUUUAACCUUUUGACCGUAGACACAUCAAAAUGGUUUUGAUUCCUUUUGGAGUUGCCACAUGUCUUUUUCUCCCUGUGGAAGAGGUUUGGGGGUGUGUGCUAGUCAUUGGAGUAUAUUGUUCUUACAUAUAUGCUCUUAGCCCAUUUUUUUACAUUUAUGUAUUUUCUAUGGUUAACUCCCCUGAAAGCAAAUUCAAAUGGUGUUGAAUGAAAAUUUGAGUUUCUAGUAUUGUGCUUCUUGAGCUUAAAUAUGUUUUAAAUAUAAGUUCAACUGAUAUUUUUGUGAAAUCUCUGCAGAAGUGUGUAAUUUCAGCACUCAAAUGGAAUUGCAAUAUGUUCUUUUGAGCAGCGAAUUUGGACCUGACAAAACAACAUUGGCUCAACUAUUGAUGUGAGUUUGGGUGGGUCUACCUGUGUGUCCAAACAAAGGAAGACAGGGGUGUAAAAUUUCUUUGAAAAUAGUCAUUAUUUUUUCACUUCUGUUUGGUGCCUUUAGUAUCACAGAAACUACACACUUCACCUUUAAGUCGCAUUACAAUAACAAAGCUAUCUUGUUAAAAUUAGUGAACUACAGCUCAUGGAUCCACAUGAAAAUGUUGAAAAAUUGGUCCUCUAAUGGGAUUCUCUGUGUGUCAGUGCAAGCUGUCUGGUGAUGGAGAACUUUGGCAUUACAAAUUUCUGAAAGUUAAGUGCCUUCUGCAGAUAUUCACACCUUUAAAUCGAAACCAUGUUUUCAAACAUGCAAAAUUAAUAGGCUAAGUUGCCAAAAUCAGUGAUAGAAUUGAGACUAUUGGCCAGAGACUUACUUUAGGUGCCAUUAAUACCAAGUUAGAGUGAACUCAGCUUACAUAAUGCCUGUAAUGAAUGGUACUGAGCAACAUUUUAUCUCUGCAGAACUUUAUGACAGAAAUUUUGCCACUCUUUCGCAAGGCGGUCCCUGGAACAAAUACACACAUUAACAUGUAAAUAUGCUUUAAAUGUUUAAAAGUAUUUGAUAAAUGGUAAUUUAAUAAACUGUACAUUCUAAGUGGAGGUAAAAAAAUCAUGUGGACAUGUAGGGUAUGUGUUUUUUUUCUUGGUGCAAAUAGUCAUAAAAUCUUUGAGAUGCUGGGAUCAAAAUUAAUUGGUAUUUAUUUGGGAUAGAGAGUGAAUGACAUACAGUAUGUACUAUGUGUGUGUGUGUAGUUCUCACACAGAUCAGACAUGACACCUUAUAUCUGUGUAUCUUCUCUGCCUGGCUGCUUCCUUAGAGUUGAGUUUAAGAUGUGAGUUAAUUCUCAAUGCCUUACUAAUAUUAAGUUGCUGUAGCUUUGUAAAGAUGUCAGAUUUGUAUUUUUAAGUGGGCCAGGUGCUAUAAAGCUGGUUUGUAUAGGCCUUGUAUAAAGGAUGUAGUUAAUUUUAUUUUAGGUCUGUUACACUAAAGAUUAUUCACUCUGCUGAUCAUGUGGCCAUGAGCUUUUAAUCAUUGUAGUUUUGCCUGAGAAUUUUGAGACUAAUUUAUAAAUACGGUCAAGUUCUAGGUGUUCAGUUGCCUCCUCUGUCAGCUCUAACUUUAGUAACAGUAGUGCUGUACGAGUGCCAGUCUUCUUUUCUUACCUAAAACAUUAGGAAAAAGUUUUAUCUAGCUUGCACAAACUGUCUCAAAUGCUGGAUGUCUUGUCAUUUUGUCAUCUCCCAAUUAGGCGCCUAAAGUGCUGCAGUGGUCUCUUAAAUUCAAAGUUUUAGAAUGACAUUGCAGUCUAUGAGAAACUCUUGGAAAAGUUGUCAGCCCAGGCCUUUAAAACUCCAUAUUUGUCAUUCAGUUCAGUAGUUUUGUGCCAAAAGACCAUUGCUUGAUGACAGAUGAAUAGGCUUUCAGACAGUUCUUUCCUCUCUAAUCUACCACAGAAAAGUGUCAUGCGCUCAAGUGAGAGUUCAGAGAGCUUUAUGUCAACAUCCUGAGUGUCAUCUAUGAUGAGAGAGAUCAAAUGUCUGAACAUGUUUCUCGUAUGAAGUAGGUCUAAAGGUUUACGCUUGUAUUCUGUUGAUGCUCAGAGAAUUCAUAAUUAAUGGAUCUGCCUCAUAAAUUCUAGGAUUUAGCCAUGAGAAAAAAGACAUUUGUUUGGCAGCAUAUUGGUAUGAAAAUCAUCUACUUAUAUGAGAAUAUUAUGUUUUUGUGCUGCGACAAAAGGCCUGCUUUUUGCAUCAAUUACAGGCUGUAUGCUUCACAUUAAAUGCAAAAAUUAUUCAUUUAAAUCUUUUCACUGAAUGCAAGUGCCACAGCAGUAGAUAGUAUUACAGUACAAGGACAUUUGAGUUAGACAUUAAGAGUGAAUGUGAACCAUUUAGCCAAACCAUUAAAAAGUUAUAACCAUUAACUGGACCCGAGUUAGGUGUAUACAAAAGCAUUUUUGCCCAAAAAACUAUAUUAAAUGCCACAGUUAGGACACUCCAAUUAUGUCUUCUUAGUCAGAGGAAUGGCUUUAAGCUACUAAUUUAGCAUUUUCAUAAAUGUUGUUUGAAAUGUUGUGUGCUAACUUUGGCAAUCAUGUUCUCCUUAAUUAUAAUUUCUUAAAUGUUUUAGGGAAGUUGUUUGUGUGUUUGAAUUUUUUGUUUCAUCUUUUUCUUAAAUGUUUAAUCAGUGAAUGUUUUAUAUAAUGAUUAAUUGUUGUUUAAUCGGUUUACCAAGGGCUUUAAAAUAUGCUUCUUUUCCUGUUUUAUUAUUAUUAUAAUUUGUUUUUUGUUUUUUGUUGAGAAAGUACAAAUGACAUAUCAUAAACAAGUUCCCAAGAAAUUCAAGAUUAAUUGUUAAUUACUAAUAAAUUCUUGGUGGGCAUAUUAUUAUCCCUGAUACUGCACUUCAGUUUGUCACUGUCUCUGCUUUGCUGAUUGUACAUACACUUCAAAUCACAUCCCAGCCAUCUCUGCUGCAUGUACUGUAUAAGAAAAGAAUGGAGGUGAGCAGGUCAUCUCCACCUUGUACAAUUGUUCACACCUCUCUUUAUGCAUUCUUGAUAGCUGAUGUGUGUUGUCAGGUCUGUAACCAAAAGCAGCAGGUCUGUGAGCAAAGCUUUUUCCCUCAUGUCGUGUUUUAUCUCUGUGCAACCUUUAAACACUAUACAUGCAGGAUGGCUACUUCCCUCAUGUUACUAUCAACAUGUGAACAAUCAGUGGAUCUGUUUGCUAACUUUGAAAAUAUGCAAAAGAAUGAAAACAUUGUUUAGCUAAGUGCACUCAUUUGUGUCUUUCAAUAUUUCGUUUCAUUGUGAUUGCUCAAUAAAUAGUUUUUUAGGGUGA